UGUGCAUAUCUUGUUUAGGACAUGAGGAAGGAGGUGCGGGUAGACACUCCUUUGUCGGCAAACAAGUUUGCCUUGAAGGAGUACCUCAACUCAUUUCCACAAGGCAAGGAGGCUGUAGAGCAACACAAGGCAAAGAAGGAGAAAAUGCCGACACCCACUGCCAGUACUCCAACCACCAAGGCAGAGCUGUUCAGCAUGAUGCCUGCUGACCUGGCCCGUAGGCAGUUGCGGGAACAGUCUGCCCGCCUUCGACCUCUCAGACCAAACCUUUCUCACGCAAAGUUUUCCCCCAGGAAGGAAAUGAGCGAUGAUGUGCUUGUGUGGGAGGUUGAACAGAUGGAGGCUGCUAGAAAAGUGGUGCUGAUGUUUAUCCAACAUGAGGUAAUGAUGUAUUUUUCCGGUGUCUGUGAUACCUUUUCUGUGAAAUUAUAUAUCCUUGGCUUUUGUUCUACUAUAUCAAUAGAUAACUGGUGUUGGUUGUUGUCUUAGUAAUAAACACGUAGCUCCUAAACUGAUAAAUUUCACCUGCUCAUUGUGUUUCUAUUUUUAAUAUUGGUUUCACCUCAAGUUGUAAUUGCAAGUUUUUUUGUAUGUUUUUUUAUUUAACAGAUGUUUACCUUUAUAUUUAUUAACCUCACAAAACACUUCUUUCUUGCUUCUUUUGCCUGCCUUUAAUUGCUUAUAGAUAGCCUUUCAUUUUAUUUCUAAUAUGCUAUUACUUCUUCAUA